AGGCUAGCAUAAAUAAAGGAUAAAUCAAUAAUCUUGGCUUCAUAGAACAGCUACUUUCUGGCAUAGAACGAACAUCUUAUUCACAUCUCAUUUCAAAUCGAGAUGUAAAAAAUGUAAUCUGGACAGCUACAUCUGGGAUAAACAAACGCAGAUGUAGAUGUGUCCGAUGUGGAUAAACAAACGUUCGAGAUGUAAAAAAUGCAUCCGAUGUGGAUAUUCAAACGCGGCAUUUCUUACUUCAAGGCAUAAACUUAUUUUGGAAAACAUGGACGCUCAAUCUAUAUAACCAUCUAUAAAAUUGACCUGUCAGAUCCACUAGUUUCUUAUUAAUGCCCAGGGCUGGUAUAUCUUACCAGCCCUGAUUAAUGCCUACAGGCAACCAUUUUGUUUUGUCCAAAUCCGUAUUUCCGAUGCGUCCGUCCGCGCCGCGCCCGAUACGUUCGUACGCGUCCGAUACACGUUCUAAAUGGGCGCUCACCUUUAGAUCACUAUAUAACCUUGAAAGUUUUGUUAUUGAAAUUUGAUUGAAAGUCAUCAGUGUAAAAAAUGUUUUAUUGGGCCACCGUUUAAUGUAGACUAUAAUCUGAAUCCUUUCUCUCAUUUAUCGUGCUAUAUUUUUUGAUAUUCCAAUAAUUUAGUGUCUUUUGAUAAUUACAAUCACUUCCACAUUCCACAUCAACACUGCUAAAAUGUACAAAAGACUAAUCCCUGAUGAAUUCGAUGAAUCGAAGUCUGCAGAACUAUGUCUAAAUCUAUACAGAAACUCUUUGAAAUCAAAAGAUAUGGAUCAUGAUGGAACUCACUUUGAUAGUCUGUAUCCUCAUGUUUUCGUAACGUUAGGGGCUUCGGGUGAUUUGGCUCGUAAAAAAAUUUAUCCUACUUUGUGGUGGCUUUUCCGUGACAAUCUGUUGCCUGUAAAUACUGUUUUCUUCGGUUAUGCGAGAUCCAAGACUUCCAUUAGUGAUAUUAGAAAAAAAUGUGAGCCCUAUAUGAAUGUUAAACAAAACGAACAACAGAGAUAUGAAGAAUUUUGGAAAUUAAAUAAUUAUACAUCAGGACAGUAUGUAUCAAGGACUGAUUUUGAACUUUUAAAUAAAGAGAUAGAAAAAUUUGAAAAAGUGCCAGUUGCAAAUAGAUUAUUUUAUCUAGCAUUGCCACCGUCCGUUUAUGAAGAUGUUACUGUUCACAUAAAGAAUACAUGCAUGGGAAAAAAAGGAUGGACAAGAGUAAUAAUAGAAAAACCUUUCGGCCGGGACUUACAAUCUUCUGACAAGCUCUCAAAUCACCUUAGCCACCUGUUCACAGAAAACCAAAUUUAUAGAAUAGAUCAUUAUUUAGGAAAAGAAAUGGUACAAAAUUUGAUGACACUUAGAUUUGGUAAUAGAAUAUUUAAUCCCACAUGGAACAGAGAUAACAUAGCUUCAAUUCAAAUAAGUUUUAAAGAACCAUUUGGUACUCAAGGAAGGGGUGGAUAUUUUGAUGAGUUUGGAAUCAUUAGGGAUAUUAUGCAGAACCAUCUUCUACAAAUUUUAACGUUGGUGGCAAUGGAAAAACCUGCCUCCUGUCAACCUGACGACAUUAGGAAUGAAAAAGUAAAGGUUUUAAAAAGCAUUCAAGUGAUCCAACUAAAAGAUGUUGUCCUUGGACAAUAUGUAGGUAAUCCUAAAGGAGAUGGUGAUGCAAAAUUGGGAUAUCUUGAAGAUCCCACUGUACCAAAAGAUUCCAUUACCCCCACUUAUGCCUUAGCUGUGUUGCGAAUCAAUAAUGAGCGAUGGGAUGGAGUGCCGUUUGUACUUAAAUGUGGAAAAGCCCUGAAUGAACGUAAAGCAGAGGUAAGAAUCCAAUUCAAAGAUGUUCCUGGAGAUAUUUUUGAUGGUAAACCAAAAAGAAAUGAAUUAGUUAUCCGUGUCCAACCUGGAGAAGCUUUGUAUGUUAAACUGAUGGUCAAAACUCCCGGUAUGGCUUUCGAUAUGGAAGAAACCGAAUUGGAUCUAACAUACGGAAGCAGAUAUUCGAAUGUUAAACUUCCCGAUGCAUAUGAACGUUUAAUUUUGGAUGUCUUCUGUGGAUCACAAAUGCACUUUGUCCGUUCUGAUGAAUUGAGUGAAGCUUGGAGGAUAUUCACUCCAUUGUUGCACCAAGUCGAAGAAGACAAAAUAAAACCUAUUCCAUACAUAUAUGGAAGCAGAGGUCCCAAGGAAGCAGACGAAUUGUUGGGUAACAAUAACUUCUGCUAUACAGGAUCGUAUAAAUGGAAACAAAAUCUUUAAAAUAUGUGAUAUAAAAUUUCUUAAGCUUUACAAACAUUCCUAAGUUUUUUAUUAUAUAUUUAUAUUUACGAUUCAAAGUUGUUAAUGCAUUAAGGAAAUUGUUGGCAAUAAAAUAUUUUUUAACUUU